AGGAAGAUUUUCCUGCGCAGGAAACAUGGCGACGGCGCCUGAAACACCGCCUGAUAUUACUGCUCGUCCAGGUGAUCCAGUGAUGCGGAUUCUCCUGGUGGGCAGGAAGGGUUCUGGGAAAAGCUCAUCCGGAAACACCAUACUGGGAGAAAAGAAGUUUAAAGUCUACAAACAAAACAAGAAACAUGAGUCUGAAAUUGGUGAGGGUCAAACACAGAUCGGAGAGACACAUGUUCAUCUGCUGGACUGUCCAGAUAUGCUGGAUCCAGAUGUGGAUGAAGAGAAACUGCAGAAACUGGAGGAGCAGCUGCUGUCUGCAUGUUCAGCAGGUCUCAGUUCAGUUCUGCUCACCGUUCCUCUGGAGGAACCACUGCAAAAUGAAGAGGAGAUGCUGGAGUAUAUGAAACAUCUGUUUGGUCCUGAAGUGCAGAAGUACAUCAUGAUCCUGUUCACACAUGAAGAUGAGCUGGAGGAUCUGAAUGAACCAAUGAGCAUUGAGCAAUAUCUCCAAAAUCACGCAGAUCUCCAGAGACUGGUGACUGAAUGUGGAGGAAGAUUUCACAGUUUUGAUAACAAGAGUAAAUCAGGAGAUCAGGUGAAAGAUCUGCUGCAGAAGAUUGAGGGAACGGUGGAGGUGAACGGAGGGAAGUUUAUGAUGGAGCACAUGAGGAGGACCGACAGCAAGGACACGAUUGCUAAUUUUUCAGGAACAAGUUCAGCUGGAGAGGAGUCAUAUGAGCAGCAGGUUCCUGAGGAUCAGAUCAGGCUGGUUCUACUGGGAAAAACUGGAGUGGGGAAAAGUGCCACAGCAAACACCAUCAUCGGCCGAAACCAGUUUGACUCUUCCACCAGUUCAAGCUCUCUGACCAAACUGUGCCAGUCAGAAACUACAGUGAGGAAUGGAAAACAGAUCUCCGUCAUUGACACUCCUGGACUCUAUGACACUGAACUGAGUGAAAAGGAGAUCAUUACAGAAAUAGCCAAAUGCAUAACUUACGCUUCUCCUGGUCCACACGCUUUCAUUAUUGUGAUUAAAGUGGGCAGAUUCACUGAAGAAGAGAAAAACACAAUACAGCAGCUGAAAGAGGUGUUUGGAGAACAGAUGGAGAAAUACUCCAUGAUCAUCUUCACUCAUAAAGAUCAGCUAGAGAAGGAGAAGAAAACCAUUGAGCAGUUCCUAGAGAAAGGUGAUCCUGAUCUUAAAGGACUUGUGGAGAGUUGUGGAAGACGGUUUCUCUGUUUGGACAAUAAAUCUGCCAGUUUCCCCCAGUUUAAAGAUCUGAUUGGUAAAGUAGAGGAGAUGGUGGAGGAAAAUGGAGGAGCACACUUCUCCAGUGACAUGUUUAACGAAACCGAGAAACACAUUCAGGAGAUUCAGAAGCAGAAACUGGAGGAGAAAGUCAAGCAGUUCAAGCAGGAGCACACAGAGGUCACUCAGACAGAAUGGCAGAAAAUCUACUGGCGUUUAGUGGAGGAGUCUCAACAAGAGGCUAAGGAGUCUUUUAUUGAAAAACUGUGUGAGAUGUACAUAACAAUACCAUUUUUAUAUGCACUACAGUCUGAGGAGGAGAUAAGUGCCAUUGCGGAGGCUGAGAGCAAAGGAAUCAGUCGUAUGAAGGCUGCUAGACUCGCAUUUAGAGCUACACAAAAACUAUCAAAACAGAAGAUGUGCCUAAUUCAGUAACUGAUUCCGUAAUGAUCAGAGAUCGUAACGGCGUUAUAAAUCCAUCGCAUUACUAAUGAAAUAACUUUUUCAGUAUUGAGUACUUAAAUAAAUGAUUGUUUCCCCCAUUAUAAUGCCAUUACUGACAAUACAAUGUGGCACUCGAUAAUUGAUACACAAUUUACAUUUGAGCUCACAGAAGACGUUUUCUCCUGACUCUGUUGCCCUGCUCUGGUGAAGAUGAUUGCAUACCACAUCGCAUACCAUAUGAUUUGACAACUGCAUAUCUAAUAAUGAUUGGCAUGUGUGUGUGUAGGGCUGUGACAACCACAUAACUGAUGAUGAUUGGCGUGUGUGUGUGUGUGUAGGGGUUGGAGAACCACAUAACUGAUGAUGAUUGGCAUGUGUGUGUAGGGGCAGGACCACCACGUAACUAAUAAUGACUGGCAUGUGUUUGGAGGGGUGGGACCACCACAUGACUAAUGAUGAUUGGUGUGUCUUUAGGGGUGGGACAACCACAUAACUGAUAAUGAUUGACGUGUGUGUGUAGGGGCGGGACAACCACAUAACUGAUGAUGAUUGGGGUGUGUGUAGGGGUCGGAGAACCACAUAACUGAUGAUGAUUGGCGUGUGUGUAGGGGCUGGACAACCACAUAACUGAUGUUGAUUGGCGUGUUUGUAGGGGUCGGAGAACCACAUAACUGAUGAUGAUUGGGGCGUGAGUGUAGGGGUCAGAGAACCACAUAACUGAUAAUGAUUGACGUGUGUGUAGGGGCGGGACAACCACAUAACUGAUGAUGAUUGGGGUGUGUGUAGGGGUCGGAGAACCACAUAACUGAUGAUGAUUGGGGCGUGUGUGUGUAGGGGUCGGAGAACCACAAAACUGAUGAUGAUUGGGGCGUGUCUGUGUAGGGGUCGGAGAACCACAAAACUGAUGAUGAUUGGUGGUGUGUGUAAGGGUGGGACCACCACGAAACCAAUAAUGACGGGCAUGUAUGUGUGUAGGGGCGGGACAAUUACAUAACUAUUAGUGACUGGUAUGUGUUUGGAGGGGUGGGACAACUACGUAACUGAUGAUGAUUGGUGUGUAUGUAGGGGCGGGACAACCACAUAACUAAUAAUGACUGGUGUGUGUGUGUGUAGGGGCAAGACAGCUACAUAACUGAUGAUGAUUGGUAUGUGUGUGUGUAGGGGCGGGACAACCACAUAACUAAUAUUGACUGGCGUGUGUGUGUGUGUGUGUGUGUGUGUGUAUAGGGGUGAGGCAGCCACAUAAUUAUUAAUGACUGGAGUGUGUGUGUGCAGGGGCGUGGCAACUACAUAACUGAUGAAGAUGAAUGCUGUGUGUGUAUGUGUGUGUGUGUGUGUGUGUGUGUGUGUGUGUAGGGGUGAGGCAGCCACAUAAUUAUUAAUGACUGGAGUGUGUGUGUGCAGGGGCGUGGCAACUACAUAACUGAUGAAGAUGAAUGCUGUGUGUGUAUGUGUGUGUGUGUGUGUGUGUGUGUGUGUGUGUGUGUGUGUGUGUGUGUAUAGGGGCAGGACAUCCACAUAACUGAUGAUGAUUGAUGUUUGUGUGUGUGUUUGUGUGCGGGGGGAGGGGGGUGUGUGGGGUCAUGACAGGCAUGUGAGUGUGUGGGUCAACUACAUAUCUGAUCAUGAUUGGUGUGUGUAGGGGUGUGACAACAACAUAACUGAUCAUGGUUGAUUAAAAACCCAGCUGAUGCUUUCAAAGUGGUUGAUUGAGCCACUGGAUUAAAGUAACUAAAACUAGUACAGUAUUGCUCUAACAUGCGGAAAUAAUUACUAGUCUCUCAUGUAUAUUAUGACAAAGUACUUUUCAACCACAUUUUCAUAUCAUUUGCUUGGCGUGAAUGAAAUUGGGAUCAGUGAGAGAAAGCGUGGACUCAUGCUUAUCAAGGUGGACUCGAAAGUGAUUUACUACAGUUAUACAAAGAUUAAAACUUUAAUGAACAUUACAUUUGUUGAAAGAAACAGGCUGUAAUUUACCAUUUCUUAUGUAAUUGCUAAAUUCUGUGUUUAACCUUGGAAAGAUGUUAUUGUUAUACUUUAUAGGCUAUAAAUAUAACAUUUGCUUUAAUGUGUUUAAUUAGACUAGAAUUGAUUAUAUCAGUAUCCAGAACCAAUAAUAGCAAAGACAAAAGAUACAAAAAGCUAAAUAUAGAUAUUCUACAUUUUAACUGUUAACUAACAUGAGCGCACUCUAUUCUGUUUCUAUUGUAUCUACUAUUUUUCUGUCUAAUAUAAUAAAAAGCACUGCUUUACACUACGCUGGACUAUCUUAGAAUCAUCGCAAUCUACAUGUUGUUUGUUUGUUGAUUGAUUAAUUCUGUCGUCUUCUGUCAGCAUUUGUAAUUCAGUAUGGAUAAAGGCAUCUACUCAAUGAAUAUAUGUAUAAUUAAAUUCAUUGAAAUAUGUUAAGCAUAAAAGAGAUGUAAACAUUGGAAAACUGAA